ACACACACGCUCAUUCUCCAGUACUAUAAACUACCGGCGGCUGCUCUGCUAGCUCACCCCGCGUUCUACUUGCACUGCUCGAUCCAAAGCGUCCAGUCCAAGUCUCCAAUCGAUCCAAUCCACGCAGAGAGUCUCAUCAAUCGAUUGCGCCACACCACAAGCACAGUCAGCUUAGGCCUUGUUUAGUUCCAAAAAUUUUUGCAAAACAGAUUCGAUGUGACGGAGAAUGUGAAAAAAUUUGCAAAAUUUUCUGGGAAGUAAACAAGGCCUUAUUUGCUUCCAUGGCGGCGGAGGCUAAGACGGAGACUGCAGCUCCAGCCGCGGCGGCGGGUUUGGGCCUGGCUUCAGGGGAGCAGCCGCCGCAGCAGCAGCAGCAGCCGAAGAAGAAGACUGUGGUGGUGGUCGCGGUGGACGACAGCGACCACAGCUACUACGCGCUGGAGUGGACGGUGCGGCACGUGACGGGCGCCGGCGGCAUGGCGGGCGGCGCCGCCGACCUCGUCAUCGUCCACGCCAAGCCCUCGCCGUCCUCCGUCGUCAGCUUCGGCGGCCCUGGAGCCGGCGAGGCGAUCAGGUACGUGGACGCCGACCUGCGCAAGAUGGCGGAGGCCGUGGUGGACAGGGCGCGCCGCGUGUGCGUCGCCAACUCGGUGCACGCGCUCAUCGAGGUGGUGGAAGGGGAGCCCCGGGCCGUGCUGUGCGGCGCCGCGGAGAAGCACCGCGCGGACCUGCUGGUGGUGGGCAGCCAUGGCUACGGCGCCAUCAAGAGGGCGCUGCUCGGGAGCGUCAGCGACUACUGCGCGCACCACGCGCACUGCUCCGUCAUGAUCGUCAAGCAGCCCAAAUCAUCCAAAUGAGAUCGAAGAAGAAGAAGAACAAGAAGAAAAAAUGCCAGCCUCUGCUUGCACCUAGCUUGCACUACUGAUGAUCGAGAUAUUGCUAGUGGUAGUACUAGUACAGUAGUACUGUGUGUGUAUAUGUUGCAGCGUGUCCUGUGUUGUUCGUUUUUGACACAUCUCUGCUCUGGAUGGACGGUUUCAUCUGCAUGUCAGCAUAUGUGUCCGGCAAUGUUUAGUCAUCUAAUAUAUGUGUGUGUUUGUGCUGUCUUAUAAAUUUCCUGGAGAGUGUCAAUUGUCAUGUUUUCCGAUCUCCUUGUAAGUUGUGACACCAACUCUCUCACAAACAAUUGCAAUGGUUAGGCUCA